CCAUUCAUCCCUUUCAAUUUCACCCCUGCGCGCUAUGCCGUGGUAAAACCCUCUCCGCCUGUCCAUCCCUGCUGGCCAGUAGUGCGUGGACUGCAAAUCGUUGUUCCUUUCAUUGGCAGGGACGUGCAUCACUUCUGAAAACGGCGGUCGACAUAGAAGUUUCUUGGUCAUUUGGCCUCUUUCUCAUCUUGUUCGGUUUCAUUUUCCAAUUUAUUACACUUUGUAUUCGAGGAUUCUGAAAGGAGUCGGAGGAUAUUGUCAAACACUGGGCGUAGCUGGAGAUCAAGCUUUAGCUAGCUUCACUGCAUUGAUCAGACUCCACCAUCGCCUGAGUGCAGUCACCAUCUUCAGUCUCAAGCUCUCCAGCCCUCCUCUGCAGAGACGGACAGCCAGGACUGAGGGGAGAUGAAACCGGAUGGGGUUGCCACGGCAGCGAUGGAGCCAAUGGAAGCACUGGACGCUGAUCCGGUAAACGAGCCAGUUGUGAUGGGGGAGGAGCCUAACCAGGCGGCGCUGGCACCUCAGAUGGAGGGAGUUGGCCAGCAGGGAGAGAUGGGGCAGGGCGAGCCUCAUCCAGAGCCAGCCCAGGAGGCCCCCACCAAGACGGGGAACAGCAAGUCUGCAGCAGACCCCAAAGCCAAGACCAAGGCCCCUGCUGCUAAGACGAAGCCUGGGACCACCGCCACAAUUAAGUCCACGACAGGACCAGGGUCUCGACCCAACGCUGCCCAGAGCCGCCUGUCCAAUGGGGUUUCCAAGCCCCAUGCCAACGGAGUGGCCAAGAAGACCACCACUGGAGCCCCAGAGAAGACCACGCCCAAGAGGCCCGUAGGCACAGCCGGCGCCCCCACCACUAAGACCACCACCAAAGUGGGUGAGAAGAAGCCUGCGGGCUCCACCCGCCCCACCUCGGCUCCUGCUGCCACCAACGGGGUGAAGGCCACCACAGGAACAGCAGCAAAGAAGACACCUGCGGCGCCAACUAAUGGUGUCAAAACCACCACCACCGCUGCUAAGAAGCCCACAGCUCCCCGGCCUGUCUCUGCAGAUACCACCAAGCCCAGCACUGCCGCCGCUCCCAAGCCUGAUAGGCCUCCUGUUUCCAAGACAACCAGGCCUGCCACUGGUGCUCCAGGAUCUCGCCCUGCCUCUGCUGCAGCCAGGCCAGCCACAGCCAGCACAGCCAAGAGCUCCACAUCCACAGCCAAGCCUGGCGCCACCACGGCUAAAACCACCUCCACCACCCCCAGACCAGCCUCUGCCAAAGCCGGCUCCACAACACCCACUGCUGGACGGACCCCAACAUCACAGCCCUCAAAAACCACAACUCCCAUCAAGAAAGAUGUUACCAAAUCAGCUGCUGCAGCCACCAAGAAGCCUGCAGCAGCUCCUCUCACUCGCGCCUCACCAGCCAAGACCACCAAACCCGAGACUCCCAAAUCAGCCUCCGCAUCCAAGCCAGACUCCACCCCCAAGAAGCCGGCUGCCAGCAGCAAGACCGCAGACACCAAGAAGACACCAAGCAAGCCCACGCCUUCAAAGGAUGUCAGUGCUGGCCCCAAGACCCCUGGCACCAAGCCAGCAGGGAAGGCUUCCACCCCUAAGAAGACUGUGGGCAGCAACACCCCCAUGGCAGUGAAGCGUGGCCCCAAGCCCACAACGGCGGCAGAGCCCGCGGCUGAAGUGGGUGAGACGCAGGACGCCGCUGUUGCUGCCGCCUUAGCUGCAGCUGCCUCGGCUGCUGUGGUUUCCAUGUCAACCUUGGAAGAAGCAGUGGUGGCUGCGGUCCCAGAGGAGAAGGAGACUGUGCCCCCUCAGGCCAGCCAACCAGAGGAAGCCCCAGAGGAGAAGGAGACUGUGCCCCCUCAGGCCAGCCAGCCAGAGGAAGCCCCAGAGGCCUUUAUCCCUCAGCUGUCAGCUCAGCUGGACCUGGUCCACCUGGAAGAGCCAGCAGACACAGUGUCUCCCCUGGGCACCACAGUCAUGUCCCCUCCAUGCUCCCCCACCGGGCCCAUGUCCCCAGUCAGGGAGCCCCAGAAUGCCUCUGCUCUGCUGGACAUGCACGUCCAACCAGAACCCUGGUCCCAGAGCCAGUCUGACAUGGCGCCACAGAGCCCAAUCCAGGAGGAGGUGAGGUUCCAGCCAGACCCCUGGGCCCAGAACCAGUCUGCCAUGGCUCCACAGAGCCUGGUCCAGGAGGAGGUGAGGUUCCAGCCAGACCACUGUGCCCAGAGCCAGUCUGCUAUGGCGCCACAGAGCCCGGUCCAGGAGGAGGUGAGGUUCCAGCCAGACCACUGUGCCCAGAACCAGUCUGCCAUGGCUCCACAGAGCCUGGUCCAGGAGGAGGUGAGGUUCCAGCCAGACCACUGUGCCCAGAGCCAGUCUGCUAUGGCGCCACAGAGCCCGGUCCAGGAGGAGGUGAGGUUCCAGCCAGAUGAGCAGCAGGAGGACCUCCUCAUGCCCUCUUCUACAGCACCUCCUGCAUUCAGCAUGAUGUCUCAGCCCAUGGAUGACUUCACCUCAGAGUUCCGGGUCUCUCCCUCUCAGGACCAGGAGGAGGCAGUGGAGAAGGCGGAUGAGGAGAUCAACGAAGAUGAUGACGAUGAGGAGGGGGAAGAGGAUAGGAAGGUGGGCAAGCCGACGUCACUGUUUGACAUGAGUAGCUCUCAGCCCUCUGAGGAUGCCAAGCCUGCAGGCUUUGGUGGUGCCACUGGUUGGCAUGGGGAUGAUCUCUUGUCAGGGAUGGACUCUGAGGGUGUGAGCUGCCGCCUGCAGGGGUCGUCAGAGAUGAGCAACACCCAGCACACGGCCCUGCUGGAGGGAACCCAGAGCUCCGACGCCCAGGUAGACUCCAGCCUCAAGGGCGCCAAAGGAGAAGGGGCCUUCAUGGGCUCCCCCAAUGUGGAGACCCUGGCCAACGAAGAGGAGGAAGAUGAAGAAGAGGAUAGGAAGGUGGGCAAGCCCACGUCACUGUUUGACAUGAGGAGCUCUCAGCCCUCUGAGGAGGCCAAGCCUGCAGGCUUUGGUGGUGCCACCGGUUGGCAUGGGGAAGACCUCUUGUCAGGGAUGGACUCUGAAGAUGUGAGCAGCCGCCUGCAGGGGUCGUCAGAGAUGAGCAACACCCAGCACACGGCCCUGCUGGAGGGAACCCAGAGCUCCGACGCCCAGGUAGACUCCAGCCUCAAGGGCUCCGAAGGAGAAGGGGCCUUCAUGGGCUCCCCCAAUGUGGAGACCCUGGCCAACGAAGAGGAGGAAGAUGAAGAUGAGGAGGAAGAGGAUAGGAAGGUGGGCAAGCCCACGUCACUGUUUGACAUGAGGAGCUCUCAGCCCUCUGAGGAGGCCAAGCCUGCAGGCUUUGGUGGUGCCACCGGUUGGCAUGGGGAAGACCUCUUGUCAGGGAUGGACUCUGAAGAUGUGAGCAGCCGCCUGCAGGGGUCGUCAGAGAUGAGCAACACCCAGCACACGGCCCUGCUGGAGGGAACCCAGAGCUCCGACGCCCAGGUAGACUCCAGCCUCAAGGGCUCCGAAGGAGAAGGGGCCUUCAUGGGCUCCCCCAAUGUGGAGACCCUGGCCAACGAAGAGGAUGAAGAUGAGGAGGAAGAGGAUAGGAAGGUGGGCAAGCCCACGUCACUGUUUGACAUGAGGAGCUCUCAACCCUCUGAGGAGGCCAAGCCUGCAGGCUCUGGUGGUGCCACCGGUUGGCAUGGGGAAGACCUCUUGUCAGGGAUGGACUCUGAAGAUGUGAGCAGCCGCCUGCAGGGGUCGGCAGAGAUGAGCAACACCCAGCACACGGCCCUGCUGGAGGGAACCCAGAGCUCCGACGCCCAGGUAGACUCCAGCCUCAAGGGCUCCGAAGGAGAAGGGGCCUUCAUGGGCUCCCCCAACGUGGAGACCCUGGCCAACGAUGAUGAUGAGGAGCGAGUUGAUGUUGAUGAUAUGGACGUGAGCUCAGAGCGGGCAGAGGACCACCGGAAGGUGUGUCAGCAGGAGGAUGAGGAGGAUGAUGAAGAUGUGGAGAUGCCGAGCGAAGGGGUGACGGAGAGUGGCCUGGAGAGCUGUGGGAACGCAGACGAGGACGACUACACAGAGGAGGACCGCUUGGAUAACCUCAACCGCUCGCCCAUCCCACCUUCCUCAGCCUGGAGUCAGACCAACCCCUUCACUGACCCCUGGGCCCAACCCACCCUCUCCUCCCCGCACACCACCUCCAGCCCCCUGUCUGACCACAGGGCUGCUGACCCUGAGACGCCCAUCCAGUUCUCUGCCCAGGCCUGGUUGGGUCUCAGCGCCCCCUCCCUGAUGCCCCAGUCAGAGCAGCCCUCAGAGCCCCAGUCUGCCCCGGAGGAGAUGGAGAGCUCCGCCCCAGUGGAGGCCUCUGCCCCCCCAGGGCCCCCUGCUGUGGGCAUGUCUCAGUCCAGCACCCUGAGCGGCACGGCCCUGGCCGUCCACAGCAGCAGUGAAACCAGCACGCCCGAAGAGCUCCGCGACUACGACAGCAGCUCCGGGGUGGAGUCACGCUCUGACAAGCAGCAGACCCCCGUGCCCUCCAAUGUGCAGCCCGACCUGGAGCAGGACUUGGGCAUCCAUCUGGAGCGAGGUGACGAGGAGGAGGAGGCUGAGACGCUCCCUGCUGAUGAGGUCCUGGGAGCAGGCCCUCCUACUGCCCCCGCCUCUGCCCCCUCCUCCCCCUCCACCUCGGGAGACGAGGCCAGCGACACGGAGGGCGACCCAGACGUCCCCGUCGCCAUGGAUGACAGCACUGAGUUCGACAGCCCACCGCCCGCCCGUAUCCUGCCUGCCCUGGAAGAGGACGAAGAGGUGGUGGAGGCGCCGGCCGGAGAAGGAGAGGAGGACGGGGGUGGCGGCACGCCCCAGUCUGCCAACUCGGUGGCGUCUUACGGCUUUGACUGCACCAUGUCCAACUCCAAUGCCCACUCCACGGCCGAGAGCUGCGGCAAGAGCCCAGGCAUCUUUUCCCUGGAGAACGAGGACCAGCUACCCGAGGAGGCCAAAGAUCCCUCCCUCAUCAAGGAGCUGACCCUGCCAGCAGCGGCCGCCCAGUCAGAGGACCUGCUGGGAGGCCCCGUAGACCUGCUGCCCCUGGGCCAGCCUGGGGACCAGCACCACUACAUGCUGGGGGGGAAGAUGGAGGCUGACGACCUGGAGGACGCCCUCCGCCUGGGGACCCAGCAUGCCGGGGAGGCCAGCGAGGGCCAGCCACCCUACUACUCUGCCAUAUGCGAUAAGACUGAUAACUUUCUGGCAGGUAACGUAUAAGUCCCUCCCCCUGGAAUGCACCUUCUCCCUCGCACCCCUCCCCCUUACUUGUUGUUCUUAGUUUUUCUCUCCAGUUGGGUUAGAUGGUUUAGAAAAACAAGCAAAAAUGGUAGGAGAAGAAAAAAAAGCAAGGGGAACGAAAAAGACUGUAGAUCAGUGAAGCCUCCCUCUUUCAUACUACUAUUAUGGUUAUGAAUGUAUGGCACUCCUUUAUGUACAAUAGCUACUAGCUACCAUUUUCUAUUAGAAUGUUCUUUUUAAGUAACACUGCAUACUCCAUAACCCCUGAGGGGGCAUUGACUGACUGGUCUGUUGUGACAAAGCUCUUAAAAGAAGAGAGACAAAACGAGAAUGGACUCUACCUACAUGUGUAUUUAUCCUACUGUUUUUACCAAACAAAUGUCAAUUAUUUUUUUUGUACUUGUUUUGUUUGUUUGUUUUGUUGGAACCCGGUCCUCCCUACCCUAUGUACACACACUCCAUUUUGUCCUGUACCAUAGAGAUAGUCCUACUCUCUCUUUUUAAAGUUUGUCUUCCUGUUUCAAGACUUUACCAUUCUGGUAUCGAAUAAAGGCUAGAUAUUUAACAUGGCUUUCCUCCCCUUACAGUUUUGUUGAGGUCUGUAUGGGAGUGUUAGAUUGAAGUUUGUCUAGUUUUAAUUUACGCUACAGGAAGUUUGCCUCUCCCUGCAUAGAUUAUCAUGGCAAGUAACGUUGUCAUGGACAGUGUGUUUUGAGGCAUCUGGUUUUAAGUGGUCAUGCUUCAUGCCUCUCUUAGUUGAUCAUUUGUGCUUCAGAACCAACUAACAACUAUUUGUGGAAAAAACCCUGCAUUUAGAAUGACGCUCACUGAAAACGAUAUUCCCACUGAAACGCUUUUAGUGGUAUUGGAAAUUUCAAUUUGCAUGUACUAACAUUUUAAAUUGUAUCUGAUUAAACCAUUAUACACUAGGGAUGUUCAUAAAUGAGUGGGUCACACGAAGUAGGUUUUUCAAAAUUCCAUUAAACACCAUUGCAAGGCACAUUGUUCCUGUUUCUUGUUAUUUCCCAUUAGUGUAGCAUGUCUCAAUUGUUGUCUAGGUCAGUUUUAUGUAUUUAAAUGACAUUCCUAUGAUAUCACUGUCCCCACCAUGAAAAUAACUUCCCAUCAGGAAGUUACGUUUUAUCUGUGGAAUGGUGUUGAUGCGCAAUGGAAUUUUGGUUAGGAGGCAAUCCACCUGGUGUCCCAUACCCUGUUUUCCAGCAUGUAUAUGUUUCUCUCUGACUUCCAUGGAUUCAACACAGACCAACACCACAUUUGUAAACAUUCUUGGUAGGUGGUACUCCGCAAACAGACACCAGGGAAGACUCCUGCUCCUGGGUCCCUGUACUGUAUGUCCUGAAGCUUUUACACCCACAGCUCCUCUUCCUCUGCGAUGUGAAGCCUGCUCCAACCUGCCUGUAUCUUCCCGAAUGCUCCACUCACACCCACCCAACACACUCACACUAACCUACUGGCAUAACCCCACACCCACCUACCUGAAUGCAUCCUAAGAAGAAGCUGAAGCGGAUGAGCGAUCUCUGAAUCCCUGUCCUGCCUUCUCCUGCUCAACCUUGACAAGGAAAACCCUUAGAUCCCUGUGUUUGUUGGUACAGAAAUCACAGCAUCCCUUAUUCCUCCUCUCCUACCUUCUGCACCAUUAUGGUGUUCCUAAAAAAUGGUGGGAUUGAAUACUUUUCAAAACAGUCUGGCGUAUGUGGUGACCCUAAACAUAUGAAGAAGCUAUAUGGUUGGGUCGAUACAAGUUUUCAGAGUAGUUUAUGAUUUGGUUCUUAAGUAAAAUGGUUAAUCCCUUGUACCCCAUUUUCUUUGUCUAGCCCCCGGCUUGUCAGGUCUUGCAUGUUAAUUCUCAUGUUAUCAAAAUAUAGCAAUUAUGUGGUGAUAUUUCCCUGGGACAUUAUCAGAUGUGUCAAUUCACAUUUGUAUUAAUGGUGGUUAAAUGCCAGACCAUGGAGGCAGGGGAGAUGAAUUGCUCCUAGUCAUGCGAUCUAUAUCCCUUAUUAGGGCUACAUCUAAUUGUGCUGACAUUCAGGCCAGCAUCUUACAUCUUGUGGGCAAAGACUUGAGCCAAAAUGAUUACUAACAAUGUUGCACACCACUUUAUUUCAGUGUAUGAGUGGGUUGCAAGUGGAUCUGAGUUACCUAAACUCUGAUGCAAUUACGCAAGAUUUUAGUUCUGGGUUUCCGAGAUUAGAAUUACCAGACGAAUUUAGGCAAGAGAUUACAUUUAAGAUGUGAUUGGCCACUGCUGUUACAUCUGUUUCGAUAAUAUCCCGUCCCAUGUCAGGAACUGUCUGAAUUGUCAUUGUAUCACAUUAAAUGUAUAGACAUGUA